CCGCAGAACAAAGGCCUUCCCCUGACUAGCGACCGGCCGAGCGUUUGGGACGUGCUCCAAGCGGCGAGCACAUUUUCCUCGGCCGAUAGUUUGCGAAAAGGUCACAACUGGUAUCCUCGUUUGAUGAUAUCGCUGCGGCCUACCUACCACUACACCAAUGGACGCACGUCACCCCCGCCAUCCGCAACCGCGGCCUGGUUUGUCUCAACCACGGCGCAGCUGCUCAACGAGAGACAUGGCCACGGCUCGCAGACGAUCCAUGGAACCGAACACCAUCCUUGGGUGGAUCCAGGGCUGAACUGGAGUCGCGACAACCCAAAGCCACGUUAUUUUCCAUGACUCUCGUGUUUGGCACCAUCGCUCUCGACAAGCGCUAUUGCCUCCCCCCCUGGGCGUUUGCAAGAGCUGAAAGCUUGGGGAGAAGCGACGGGAACAUGGCGGCUCGAUCAUCGUCAGAACUUCACCCUUGCUGCCUAGGAACACACGCUGAUUAUCUCUCGCUGUUUGAGCCAACUUUGUGUGUCCCGACCCGGCGGCGGCGGCCGCGAGAUACGGUCAUCUCGACGCUUGACGUCGGCGGCGACGAUAGACGUAGCAGCCCGUGUGCUCGUGUCGACAACAGCCACGGGAGAUCCCCGUCGCUCCAUCGUCGAGAGCGUCUGCGCGAGCGAAGCUGGCGGUUCGGCGUAGCGGAGCCUACUUCCCCUUUGGGCUCACUCGCAGUCAAGAUCGACCUAUUGCCCCGAGAUGGUAGCUGCAUGAGAAGCCCCACUCUUCCUUCCGCUGCAAUUUCCACAUCCUGGGCUUUUUUCUUCUUCACCUCUUCCGUGAACGAUAGCGCUCGGGCCGACACCAGGAGGGAGGAGGCGUGUGCCUUCGAAAUCCUCCUAUGCAGGCAAGGAAGAAGGCCGCAGGGCGAUACGAGAAACCACCCUCCCACAGUUUGCCCUCUUCAGGCAAUCGGACGAACCAGCGUCGGCACCGCUUCCCCCAAGUCCCGUGAUAUUGGCGGCAAGCGUCGGCGGCAGCUUGGUGGCUUCUGCGUUUGGGCCGGGCGCGCUCCUUUUUGCUCACUAGUCCAACUGAUUUCCCUUGCCGCCCGACCCGCGAGAGCAAACGGCCAGGGGGACCCGAAUGGCUUCCUGUUUGCGUGCCGCCGCCCCGUCUGUCCCUCACGCCUAUCGCUGGGCACACGUGCCUGGGCCGAGAGCACGGUGGUCUGCCAGGGCAGAGACCAGAGCUGCCUGGGCAUCGCCGCAAACCGGCUGGCGGCCAUCUCCUGCCAAGUCCAGCUCCCAGCGGGAGGGAGAUAUGCGGAGGCCGAUCAGCUCAGGCAAGCGAAAAGGAAAAAGGAAAAAGGAAACCCAACGAGAAUGCCAAGCUACGUUUAUUGGCAGCUGUGCUGCGCUGGUGGCCUGCUGGUUAUCGCUCUUCCUCACUGCGGGCCUCCGACGCGGAUUUUGCAUGCUUUCUGCAUCAAGCACGUCCCCAAAACCCACAAGCCUUCGUUUUUCUUUUCGUCCUUGGCCAUCAUCGCAUCCCGGCCCGUUCGCCAGCGCACGUUAGCCAAUCGCGACCCCUCCUGCUUCGCCCACUCCUCGGAACUCUCAUCCGAGUUGCUGUUUUCUGUGCACUGUUCUUGGGCGAAGACAGACACGCAGCCCUGCCUGCCUGCUGCCUGCAGAGAGCCCCGGCAGGAGGAACCUUAUCAUUGUGCAUAUGAGAAAGGAAGCGCGGUGACUGGAGGGUCGCUUGCCCCCAGCACGGCGCCCACGAUGCCUCGACAGUUGGCUUCUUCUGCUUCUGUGCGCUUCUCGGGGUGGCACAAGGGCCCGGCAUGUGGCAGCCAUUUCCAUCUCAUCCCGUCGUCAUCCAGCGUUGCAGCUCCACAAGCCCAAGCCACUGCAACCCCUUCCGCUCGAGGUGGUGGGGGUGUCGGGCAGGGAGAUAGUGAACGCCGGGCGCGACUUGUCUGCUUACGGCGGCAGACUAUGGUUGUGUGGCCCCAACGGUCGAUGGCGGCCGCCACCACCGGGGCCAGCUGGGGAGCGGUGAACGGACGACCUUCUGGGGGUUGCUAUCGGCCUCGCAAGUGGUCAGCUAGUGUGCCGGCGAUAGGCUUGUGUCUCCGUUCCACGAUAGCAUCGAGACGCGCUCCCGCCUUGGGACAGCUAUCGCCGCCUUCCACCGGACUCAAAUCACCGUCCUCAUGA